CCGAAGAACAUGUAACCUCCCCGAACUGCGAGCAGCACCGAGAAAAACGCUCACAAAGCUGGAUUCAACUCUUCUACCGAGCCUCACCUGAGAGCCUCACCUGAGAGCCUCACCGAGAGUCCGCGCGGCCGCGGCAGGAACCAGACUCUCGUCCUCGGAGCGAGUCCACGAUCGGGGUCCGAGUCCUCCACCGCCGUCUGGCCCAGAGGAAGUGCGGAGAUGGCCGUCGCAGGCGGAGCUUCAUCCUCUGUCUUCCUGUCUCCGGCGAAGGAAACGCCAGCGUUGGCGGUGAACCCGGCCAACGUCCCCGCCCUGGAGAUCAAACUGGGAGCGCUGGUGGUCCUGCUGUCCGUCACGCUGCUGUUUGGAUUCACCCCUUUCUGCAUCGUCCGGGGGGCGGGGUGCUUCAGCGUGCAGCCAGAUUUACGGCGGUUGCUGCUGAGCCUGAUCAGCUGUUUUGCUGGAGGCGUGUUCUUUGCCACCUGUCUGCUGGACCUGCUGCCCGACUACCUGCAGAGCAUCAGCGAGGCCUUCAGCAGUGCUGGGAUUACACUCCAGUUCCCCCUGCCUGAGUUCAUCGUGGCCAUGGGCUUCUUCCUGGUCCUGGUCCUGGAGCAGAUCAUCCUGGCCUUUAAGGACCAGUCGUCGCCUCCCCUGGAGGAGCGGCGGUCCCUGCUGGUGGAUUCCAGCAUCCAAACGAACGACCACAGCACUCAUCAUCACCAUCAGCAUCACCACAACCACCGCCGGAGCUCCGGGGACUCUGAUGGUCACUUUCACGUGGACAUUGGCUCUCAGUCCGCCCUCCGUGCCUUCAUCCUGGUCUUCUCGCUGUCUCUGCACUCGGUGUUUGAGGGCCUGGCGGUGGGGCUGCUGGAGGAAGGGAAGGAGGUGCUGGAGAUCUGCCUCGCUCUGAUGAUCCAUAAGAGCAUCAUCUCCUUUAGCCUGACUGUGAAGCUGUCUCAGGCUCGGCUGCGGCGCUCCGUGGUGGCCGGCUGCCUGCUGCUGUUUGCCGUCAUGUCACCGCUGGGCGUCGCCCUGGGCAUCGGCCUCACCGAGACCAAGACUUCACCGCGGCACCAGCUGGCCCGCUGCACACUGGAGGGGCUGGCGGCAGGAACCUUCAUCUACAUCACCUUCAUGGAGAUCCUGCCGCACGAGCUCAGUGCUGGCAAGAACCGCAUCGCCAAGGUGGCCAUGUUGCUGGUGGGCUUCGCCGUGGUCACUGCAGUGCUCUUCAUCAAACUGUAAACGCAGGGAGCGAGAGAUUCAUAAUUUCAUACCCACCACAUUGUUCACAGCUUCAUUAGACACACAUUUUUAAUUUCAUUUAAAAGUCAGAAAGGAACUUUAACAUGACAUAAUGAUAGAAACCCACGAUGAAAAACGACACAUCACCGAGAGCGGUGAGGAGGAGGAGGAGGAGGUGAAGGACAGGUCCAUAAAAGUCACAAACCUGAUCUGUUUAAGUUUGGCUCAUCUCC